GUAUCACUUUUCUUACUAUUGGUUUCCACUUCCCAGUGACCACAAAACAACACUCUGCACGUUGUUCCCACCACCACCAUACCUUCUUCACUCACUCUCGGGAGCGUCGAAAAGAAAAAUGUUCACAUUAGCCACCUCUUCCCAAGUACUGUUAAGACUUCAGCCACCGCACUCGAUGGAGCCAAUGGCCCACUCACUCACCCUAACUCCGUUUCCCGCCACCGCUUCCUCCUUCCGCCACCGUCACCUCUACGCCGUUAAAGCCCUAACUCUUCGCUCCGUCACUCGCCGUUUAAAACCCGCACUCGUUAGAGCCUGUGAUCGGUCACAACAGAUGGGUGGUAAUGGAAGCAAAGAGACGAAGGGAUUGAGUUGGGUGGAACCCAUUUUGACAUUUGCUAGGAGAAACAUUCUACCCUUGGCUCUGGUUAGUGCAGUGACAUUAGGAUUAACAUAUCCUAGUAUUGGUUGUGUUGCUGAUAAAUACGGUGUGUCAAAAAUUGGUCCAUUUGGUAUUUUUGUUAUCUCAGGAUUGAUGUUGCGUAGUGAAGAAAUCGGUGCAGCAGUAGAAGCAUGGCCUGUUGGACUCUUUGGGCUUGUGUCUAUUUUAUUUCUUACACCAUACUUUUCUAGGGUAAUAUUGCAAAUUCAGCUCCAACCCCAGGAAUUUAUUACAGGGCUGGCUAUAUUUGCCUGUAUGCCAACUACAUUAUCAAGUGGUGUUGCACUUACCCAGCUUGCUGGGGGAAAUUCUGCACUUGCUCUUGCAAUGACUGUGAUAUCUAACAUGUUAGGAAUAUUGAUUAUUCCACUAUCCAUCACAAAAUUUGUAGCUGCUGGAGUUGGAGUGACUCUACCUACCAAGCAGUUAUUUAAAAGUCUUGUUCUGACCAUAUUAAUCCCCCUUAUUUUGGGAAAGGUUCUACGUGAAUCUUUUAAAGGUGUGGCUGACUUUGUUGACAAAAACCGCAAGCUUUUCACAGUGAUCAGUGCACUUUUCCUUAGCCUAGUACCUUGGACACAAGUGAGUAGGUCAAGGUCAUUGCUGUUAAUGGUGAAGCCCAGUGUUUUUCUUGUAGCUAUUGGACUGGGAACGCUUCUUCAUCUGUCUUUAUUGGUAUUUAAUAUCCUUGCUGUCUGGGGUCUUUCAGUUAUCUCCGGUGGUAAAAAUUCAAUUUUUUCCCGGGAACAAAAUGCCAGUGCACUCGUACUAGUAGCAAGCCAGAAAACAUUACCUGUAAUGGUAGCAGUGAUAGAGCCACUUCGAGGUGCAUUUGGAGAAUCUGGGUUACUGGUUCUUCCUUGUGUUGCAGCACAUCUCAACCAGAUUAUUCUUGACACUUUUAUCGUUAACUUCUUGCGUCCCCAAGACAAUUCCAACAAUGUCAAGGUGGCUUAAUAGAUGAAAUGGUGGCCAUCAUAGAUGGUUAUGGCAUAUCAUGAAAGCUCAUCAAGCUGCAUCUUAAGAAAUGUUGAGAUGAAGGAUAUUUAGAAAUUUGCUUGGUUUCAUUUCCCAUUGUACAACUUACCUAAAUAUAAUAUGCUCUUGUACAUUGUUCAGCCUGGCAGUUUGCCUGAGCAUAUAGGUUCAGUUCUUUACGUUUCUUUCGGGGUGUAUUACCUAGAUUUUCAAUUUUUAUAUUCCUCCAUUGUUCCAGUGUUCUUUCUUUAGAUUAAAUAGUUCUGUGUAUUCAAUGGAAUUGAUAGGCAUUUCAUAUUCACUUAUUGAGGAGUGAGGAUUCUUUAACACGCUAUCCUGACAAUGUACUGGGCUAGCUAGCAGUUUUGCUUGUAGUUUAUGCAGUGAAUUCUUCUGUUUGUAUUCAGGGGAUGCCCAUAUUUUAUUCUCAA